CAAUCGGAUUUCUAAAACCACCUCAUCGCCCCGCCAUCGACACCCUUUUUUUUUUUUCCUUUUUUCGCUUUUCAGAACUUCGACCAUCGCCGAAGGACUCGCCCGCCUAGAAUCCCUUCCGGCGACGACCACUUCUCAAGAUGGAUUCCGAAGACCCUCAAGAGCGGCCUGAGGAUGUCAGCAACAUCAUCAACGGCCUGGAGCGGUACAACCCCGAAGCUGUCGGCAACCUUGAGGACUACCUGCGCCACCAGUGCGAGAACCGAUACACCGACUCGAAUGCUAACCGGACGCUGCUGAAAUUGUACCAGUUGAACCCGGACCGGAUUAAGGACGAGGUUAUUACCAAUAUCCUAGUCAAAGCCCUGACCUGCUUUCCGUCACCACAAUUCUCACAGGCGCUACACCUCAUCCCUCCGUCAUUAGUGGCGCCGAACUCGCGGGCGGAACUACCGGAGGCGAUAGGGAAGCUGCGGGAGCUAGCCAUACAGUUGCAGGGUGCGCAAUACGCGCGGUUCUGGGCGACGCUCGACUCGGACGACCUGUACGCAGAUUUGACUACUGAUAUCGAGGGAUUCGAGGAGCUCAUCCGCGUCCGCAUCGCCACCCUCGUCAGCCACGCCUACCGCGAGAUCGACCUGCAUGUGCUUGAGCAGUGGCUUGGCCUCGAGGGCCAGGCCGCCCUGCGCUUCAUCACUGACACUGCCGGCUGGAAGGUCGAAGAGGCCGUCGUCAAAAUCCCUCGCAAUACCGAGAACGAGGCUAAGAAGUCGGAGGUCCGCGAGGAUGUCAACGUCGACAUGUUCUCCCGCGUCGUCCGCCGGGCCUGGGAGGAGACCAUAUGAAAUGGUCAGCUGAGAUGAUGCAGAGUGGCGGAGGUAGCCAUUACGUUAUGAUUAGGGACGGCCUGGUAAAACUUGCUAGCAUUGGGACAAGACGAAAUAAAAAUGUCUUUGGCGUUACGGAUGACGAUUCAACCAACAACCUUAGGGUGGGUAUUAAUAAGGGGGGAACGAAUUAUUUUUCCUGUUCUGAUCUGUCUCUAUGUACCUACGCGUAAAUUGGUACAUGUGAGACUACGAGAGUAGUAAAAAUCAAAUGAUAUGAACAGAUAUCACGUAGCGAGAGCCACGUGUGCGAGAGCGCGCGCAAGGAGCUAUCUCACGAGCAACGAACGGCGGGAGGAGGAGCAAAGGAAGGAAAAAGGUCUUGUUCUAUCUAAGAACUAGCUAAUGGAAUGGAAGCAACGGGAGCGUAUAUAUAGGAGCUCCU